AUGCUGAAAGACUGGAGGAGGAGCCUCUCUCUUCCGCAAAAUAGACGCACGCUGGCUUGCACUGUUGUAAUAUUCUUCGGAUCACUCAUAGUCGGAACUGUCCACGUUGUCACAGCGCCUGUCCCACCAAGAAAACAGGCAUUGGAUGCUCGACAGUUUCAGCUCGGAAGCAUACUAGGUGCAAAUGCGCUUCAGGCCAUGAGACCAAGCAAUAUGAAAGAAGGGACCCAUACCACCGAAUCACAGCGGAAUAUUGAUGCCAAGAUCUCCAAACACCCUGCAUCAUUGUCCUCAUCAGUUGCAAUCCCAACUCAAAAAUCCGCAGCUGGGAGCAACGUUCGACUAGAUGAUAUCAUGGAUGUGGAGGCUGUCCUCCCGCUUCCUGCAUUCGACUUUCUUGUGGCGCUGACCCAGGUCUUCAAACCACUGAUAAACGCCUCUCGGGUCUCGAUUAAAUCGGCUUCAGAGGAAAGUACGUGGUCUCUGGCAGCCAGCCCAUCGCUCAGCAAGUCACCACUGAAGCGUGAUACUCCAACCGGCACAGGUUCAGCCUCGACCUUUGAUGGUUUUGAAGCAGGCGGGUUAUCGUCAGCGUCAUCCCCACCAGGAGUUCAACACAUUGUGUCUUUAUCCAAGAAAAUUGAAGAGCUGGGAAGACGCGAACUUGAUCUCAAUAAUGCAGAGUCAGCUCUGGCCCUCUCCUUGCUCAGUACUGUGUCCGGUUUGGUUGCGAAUAUUGCUGGAAUCAAUAUGGAACGCGCUGUAACGUUGACCGACGCUAUGCUAGCUGUGCUUCCAGUAGACCCUCAGGCAAUUGCCUCUGCUGUUUUCGACGUGGCAGAACAGGCGUCUGCUUCAAUUGAAGCUGCUAUCCCCUUCAUCCUUCCAGCCGUCGGAAAAGCCUUGGGUAGCCCCGAAGAAGGACUAGUUUCAAAGGGUAAUCCAGAAAACCUGAACGGCACAUGCAAAGACAUUAUCGCACAAGGAUCAAUGGUCAUCAAUAGGAUUACAACGUCCACAAUACUAAUCAAAGCCCCCAUCAUGCAAGACGUUUUGAAGCAGGUUCUUGAUGUUGUAUACUUGGUGGCAAAUCAUUUGGAUCAAAUUCUAUGCGCCAUUGACCGAGAUGUCGCAGGUUUACAGCUGGAUACUCUCGUUGCAUGCGACUCAGAUACCAUUGCGUCUGCUUGGGCGAACAUUUUGACGUUCAAUCCAACAUCGUCGACGGCUAUCUGA